UUCGCACCAAAACUAGCUCCCAUAAAAUAUCCUCAUUCAAAAAUCAUGACCAUACAAUCAGAAACUUCACAAAAAAAGGAGAAGAUGCAAAUGAAGCUAGCAAUAGCAGCUCUGCUCGCGAUUGGAUUCGCCACUGCGACGGCGGCGACCAUGGCCAAGCCCGGCUGCCCCGACAAGUGCGGCGGCGUGGACAUACACUUCCCAUUCGGCAUCGGGAAAAACUGUUUCUUGAACAGAGGAUUCAAUCUGUCCUGCGACCAAGAUUCAAAGCUAUGGACGACCCAAUCCCAUAACUCCCAAACCCAGAAUUCCCAAUCCCAAAUCACCGCCAUUGAUUACCUGAAAGGGCAGAUGGAAGUCCUGAUGCCCAUAUCCCGGAACUGCUUCAACGAAUCCGGUGGAGUCAUCAUCGACGAACAGCCGUGGCUCGGCGUCCCGGAUUCCUUCACCGUCUCCAGCGACUCAAACAUGUUCUUCACCGUCGGCUGCAACACCUAUGGGUAUUUCAACAGCUACAAGGGAGACAAUCAGUUCUCGACAGCUUGCAUAUCGAAGUGUAACAGAGCGCCGGAAAAGAAGGACGCCGGGAAGUGCUCUGGGUUUGGGUGCUGCCAGAUUGGGAUUCCGGCGGUCGGGAUGAGGGACCUCCAGGUCGAUGCAUAUAGUUUCGGAUUCGACGAAAAUGUGUGGAAAUUCAACAACUGCAGCUAUUCUUUUGUGGCGAAAAACGGUGGGUAUAACUUCAGUGCGGAUGAUAUUACGAAUGUGAGGUUCAAUUCGACGCCUUUGAUGAUAAAUUGGGCCGCCGGGAAUGAGAACCAGACAUGUGAAAGUGCUGCUAAGGAAGAUGGAUAUGUUUGCGGCUCAAAUACGGUGUGUGUAGAGACGGAAUUCAUGUCUGGGUACAAUUGUAAAUGCAUAGACGGCUAUGGCGGGAAUCCAUACCUCCCUAUUGGUUGCCAGAAUAUAGAUGAAUGCAUUGAAGAAUCGACUAAUUACCCUUGCGUUAAAGAAGCAAAAUGCAAAGACAGUCCUGGUAACUAUACUUGUACGUGCCCAAAUGAGUACGAAGGAGAUGGCAAGAAACAAGGAACGGGUUGUAAGCGCAAAUCUAAUGGCAAUAAUACCUUGCUAAUAAUUGGUUUGAGUAAGUGAUCUCUCUUUUUUUUGCUAUGAGCUUUUGAAAAAUAACUUUUCUAGCGCUAUUCUUUUAAAUAAAAGCAAGCCAAAAUAUUAGAGAUGUUAAAAUCAAUUCAAUAAUGAUUUCCAAGAGUUGACAGAAACAAAUGAACUAUUCCAUCAUAACAUUCUCUAUAUAGGGGGUGUUUGGUUAAUGGCCUAUCAGCCAUUUUUUGGCUGAUUUGACCAAUAUUUGGCUUUUUGACCAGAUAAACAGCUAAUAAAAGUGUUUGGUUAAUUGGCUUUUUAACUUGGCCUUUUAUCCCAAACAGCCAAAAUAAGAAAAGCCACAAAAUGUGGCGUUUAGUGUUGGCCGUUUGAACAUCCAUAAGGAUAUUCCUAUCCUACCCUCUUUUUGUACGCAAAUGUUCUUGGUCUACCUGCGGCAAGCUAUCUCUGCCAAGCAUCAUGCAUCAUACAACACAACUUUUCUUUAUAUUUGUACUUAUUAUCCCAUUAAUUAAUUAUGUAGUAAAAUACAAUCAUAUUUAUUUAUUAAAUUUAUGAAAAACGAUAAUCUAAAAGCUACAUGAGCAUGCAACACAACUUUUGGUUAUAUUUGUACUUAGUAUUCCAUUAACUAAUUACGUAGUAAAAUAAAAUAAUAUUUAUUUAUUAAAUUUAUUAUGAAAAACGUUUAAAAUUCUAAGUGGUUAGUAAACAAAAUAAAUUAAUCGAUGUCUUUAAAUAUCAUUUUACAUUUUAUCAGCUGAUUGCAAAUAGCCAUUUAACCAAACACAAUUCUAUAAACAGCUAAUACUAGCAGCUAAUCAAAACAGCCAACAGAAUCUGCCGUCACCAAUCAGCCAACAGAAUUGGCCAACAGCUAACAGCCAACAGCCAAUUGCCAAACACCCCCAUAGUUCUCCAUGCAAAGAAUAUUUUGAGUAAUUAUAAAAAAUUGUUAGACUUUGGGUAUGUUUAAUUUGGCAAAUGGCUUAUCAGCCGGCUUUUAGCUUGUUUGACCCAUUUCAGUUGUUUGAUUGGUCAAAGAAGCUAAUAAUGAUGUUUGGUAAAUGACUUUUAAAAUUAGCUUGUUGAGUUUGAAAAGCUGAAAAAAUGGAUUGUUGAAGAAGCUAAGGGGGGGCUUAUUCAUUCGGCUGGUUCAAUUUACACUCUAUUAGCCAUUUCGAAACAACCAAUUUUACCAAACAGUUAUCUAUAAUCAGCUAACAUAACCAGCCGGUCAAAACAGCUAACACAACCAGCUGUUAGGAAACAGCUGACACAACCAGCUAACAACAACUAACAGCCAUUUGCCAAACAUACCCUAUAUAGUGAGAAUUAUGCACAAGUUUAAUCAAUAAACGCUUCUCAGCUAUAUAAUCAUAUACGGAGUAAUGUUUAUACUUUCUUAAAUUUAAAAUACUAAAAUAGUCUUUAUUCAAUAAAAAUAUUUUAUAUACGAGUACUAUACUAUAGAUACAUUACUUUUAAAAUGUUAAUCUUUGAGAUUGAAUCGAACAAAAUGUGUAUGGCCACAAGAAGCACAACACUUAGUCGGAAACAAUUUUUUCUCAUUUCUCAUCAAAUCUUAACAGUAUACUAUACUUCGUAUCUAGUUGCUGAAAGUGUGUGUCAAGUCAAAUGGGCACAAAUAUAAGUACAAUGAACUGAGUGAAGUAUACUACUCUCUCCAUCUCGAAAUAAAGUUUAUAUAUGUUUCCUUUUUGCCAAAUGAUCCUACACACACGCACUUCAUACUUUACUCUUAUACUUGAAGUUACAACUUUAUUAUUUCAACUUUACAUGUUUUUUACUACUAUAGUGAAAGAGGGGAUAGUUUAGGUUUUUUUUUCACUUUCUUAAUUUUUGUGCUCAAAAGUUUUGUAACUUUAAAAGAAGGCUACAUACCUAUUAUUAUGCUUCAACUUAUGGUGGACAGGUUUGAGUAUUGGUGUCACAGCUUUGCUUAUAGUAAGCUUCUACAUAUAUUGGGGGUCGAGGAAAAGGAGACUUUCUAGACUAAGAGAGCAAUUUUUUCAUCAAAACGGUGGCAUAUUGUUACAACAACAAAUAGCAGGAAAUAGGGGACCAACUGAUACAAGAAUGAAAAUCUUCACAUUGGAAGAUCUUAAGAAAGCCACCAACAAUUUUGAUGAAAAGAUGAUCCUAGGCCAAGGAGGAUAUGGAACAGUUUACAAAGGAGUAUUAGAGGAUAAAGAAGUGGUAGCCAUAAAAAAAUCCAAGAUUUGUGACAAAAGUCAAGUUGAACAGUUCAUCAAUGAGGUCGUCAUUCUCUCCCAAAUUAACCAUAGAAAUGUCGUCAAGCUUUUUGGUUGUUGUUUAGAGACAGAAGUUCCGUUACUAGUCUAUGAGUUCAUAACUAAUGGCAGUCUCUACGAUCAUCUCCAUAAACAAGACCAAUCAUCGGAUCUUUCAUGGGCAACCCGUUUAAGAGUGGCAUCAGAAUCUGCAGGAGCCCUCUCAUAUUUACACUCCGCUGCUUCUCCCCCAAUAAUUCACAGAGAUGUAAAGACAGCCAAUAUACUACUAGAUCAAAGGCUUACCGCAAAAGUAGCUGAUUUUGGAGCUUCGCGGCUUGUCCCUCUCGAUCGAACCCAAAUCACAACUUUAGUGCAGGGAACAUUUGGAUAUCUAGACCCAGAGUAUUUCCACACGGGUCAAUUGACAGAUAAAAGUGACGUUUAUAGUUUUGGGGUGGUUCUCGCAGAGCUAUUAACUGGACAAAGAGCAAUUUCAUUCGCUAGGCCAGAGGAAGACAGGAAUCUAUCAGCUUAUUUUGUUUCAUCUCUGAACAAUGGACGAUUAUCUCAAAUUAUUGAUAAUCGGAUAGUUAACGAAGUGAACUUUGAGAAAUUUAUGGAAGUUGCGAAGAUUGCGAGACAGUGUUUAAAGGUGAGGAGAGAGGAUAGACCGACUAUGAAAGAAGUGGCAAUGGAGAUAGAGGGAUUGAGAAUUCUUGAGAGGCACCCAUGGGGGGAAAGUGAAAUGUCUUCGGAAGAGACGGAGUAUCUUCUGAAAUCGACGGGUGUUGCUUCUCAUGCGGUUAAUAUUGGAGAUUCACUAACCAGUACUAAUAAAAUAACUGAUGUAGAAAGCAUGGAAUUGAUUUCUAUGGGAUUGAGUGGUGGUAGAUGAUAGCAAUUUGUUGUUGGUGUGAGAUGUAAGUAAUGUUCUAUUUGUUCUUUUGUGUGUAUGGUUUUAAGUACACCAAGUAAACACCGAACAUAUAUUAUCUUUUUCUAUUACAUUUUACCAUAUUUUCACUUGAAUAUCGUAUGUGCUUAUUAGCUUCCUACUACGUACUAUAUCUGAUGGGGUUAUAGGACUAGGCCCAAUGCCUAAUCGGCCCAGGCCCCUAACUUGGAUCAACAAUCCCAACCAGCGGACCCAGCAAUCCGGAUCUCAAGCUGGCCCAACUGAUCAAGCCCAUCAAGAAGCGGAGGUCCAACUGAGUGGAGGCCUAAGAUGGCCUGCCUACCAGCCCAACCAGAAGCCUGCCUUCCGGCCUAGCCAGGAGCCUGCCUCCAGCCCAGCGGGAAGCCUCCUGCCUCUAGCCCAACAGGGAGCUCGCCUCUGGCCCAGCAGGGGGUCUGCCUUCCGUCCAAGGGGCUCAAGCAUCCAGGCUGACCCGCCAGCCAGCCAGGAACAGAAACGGCCAGAGCAAUUAAUGCACGACUUGAUUAUGUAUUUAAUUCUACAUUAAUAAUGUAAUUAAUUAGUCAUUAGUAUCUUUGGCAGUUACCAUAUGUAAUCGCCUAUAAAAGGCAAGUCCUGUUCAAAUGAAUGACAAGUCAUUUCUGGCAAUUCAAUCUCCUAGCACUUUCCUUAUUCAUAUUACUUUUUAUUUUCC